AUGCUUGCGACCAUGACGUCGGUACCCGGUCCUUCGGCGGGAACGCACUGGCCCACAGCCUCAGCCCAUUCCGCAAAUGCCCCACGAACUUCCGGUAACGGCCCCUCCGGGAUCCUGCACCGCAUGGAGACAGGACAACGACCAUCAUCCGUAUUGGACAGCGAUAGCCGGGGUCGUUUGAUGAGCUGUACACGCAUAGGCUCUCUCGGUCUAGAACUCGAUAUUCAACAGCGCUGCCACAUCACGAACCUCGCCCCAUUGGUUCCGGCACGGCGAGUGGGACCUCACCGCUUCGGACAGCUGGAUCUUGGGCUCUUGACGCCUGAAUACGGCGCAACAGCUCGGCGGCCCGUCGAGAUUGCAUGCAACUGGAUGUGCAUCGGGCUCGUCGCAACCUCGCACCCCAAGUAUGCGGUGAUCGCGCUGGACUCGCGCGAGGAGUACAUCUUGCGGCCGACAUCACGGCCGCACUUCUGGACGCACCAGCCCUCAGGAAACGUCGUCCUGUCGUCACGCGACCUGCUGCGCCGCGAGCACGGCACAUGGAUGGGCAUCACGCGGUCCGGCCGUCUGGCUAUACUGACCAACUUCCGCGAGACGGUGCCAGACUCCGACUCCCACCAGGUUUACGGGCUCAAGAGCCGUGGCGAGAUCGUCAACGCGUGGCUCGGGGCUCCGGCGAAUGAGGACCUGGAUGCAUUCGUGGGGCGCAUGGUCGGGGACCGGGUGUUGACGGGCGUUGGUGGGUUUUCGCUCAUCUGUGGUGACUUACGGCCUAGAGGGAAGGAUGUGAAAGAAAGCAAUGGGGAUGGCCAAUCUGGACGCCGUGAACUUCUACCCAUGGCUGUCAUCUCGAAUCGUAGCGAGGCAGUGGACGGUGUGCCCCGGAUCGCAGGGAAAAGGGGCGAUGUGUGGGGCUUAAGCAACACGAUAUAUGAAGACCCGCCAACGUGGCCAAAGAUCAUCCACGGCAGGCGGCUGGUGAAAGAGGCUGUUGAUACUGCUGUCGCUGAGGAUGCGGACGAGGAGAGGUUGGUGGACCUACUGUUCUCCGUGCUCGACACGAAUAUGAUGCCUCCAAGAGAUGCCGGGGUGGAACACGAGAAGUACGUCGACCUGCUGAAGAACUCGAUAUUCUGCCCAGCCAUCACCGAUGAGCAGAGAGACAAGGACAUGGCGGCGGCGGUUGCCCGGGGCAAGAUGAAGCCCGCAUUUGACGAAAUUGAAGACGAGAGCCGCGAGGCCGCAGAGCAGAACCCGCCGGGUGGCGCUGCGAUAUUUGAUAAAGGGGCAUAUGGCACGCAGAGGCAGACGAUCAUUCUCGUGGACUGGGAGGGCCGAGUCACAUACAUAGAAAGGGCGUUGUGGGAUGCCCAUGGAAAUCCCAUAGAACGUGGGAAAGGCGAUGUCAAGAUCAACUUCGACAUUGAAGGGUGGAAUUGA